AUGGCCGAGGGAGCGUCAGUCGACCAGCCGACAGAACUAGAGUUGUCAAACGGAGACUUCGACGCUCUCUGCACGCUGGCGAAGGAAGGAAAAGUCGACGAAAUAUCAAAGUUGGUGGACAGGGCGUUGGAGUUGUGUUUGGGGACCCGAGUGGUGGGGAGACGGACGUUCUGCCGAGACCCCAGCCACCAGAAGCCAGUUCCGCUCGUGGUGGCGGCCCAGUACGGCAAGAAGAAGGUGGUACAGUACUUCUGUGAGCGGUACGGAGGCAGAUUGGACGUAAACCAGGCGGCGACAAUCGUCUCUCUCACGACCAAGAAGAAGGUCCACUGCGCCACGGCACUCUGGGCAGCCAGCACUGGAGGUCACCUGGAAAUAGUCGAGUAUCUAGUCUCGCAGGGAGCCGACGUCAAUAAGCCGACAUUGACGCAGUCGACUCCGCUACGCGGCGCCUCGUUCCACGGUCAUAUCAAGGUCAUGGAGUACCUGCUGAGCCGCGGAGCCGAUAUAAACACACCGAACUGCAUCGGUCAGAGCCCGCUCUGCAUCGCGGCCAUGCGCGGACAGCUCGAAGCCCUCCAAUUCCUCGUCAGCAAAGGCGCUGAUAUUCACCAGAAAACCAUCAACGGGUACUCGGUCGUUCAUCUAGCCGCGACGAAAGGACGCGUCGACAUCGUGAAGUUUUUGCUCGGUGCGGGGAUAUCGCCGCUGUUUCUGCCUGCGCAGCCGUUCAACAGUGACUACAUCCCUUGUCCACUCUUUCUCGCGGCCUCUACCGGCCAGAGAAAAAUGGUCGAAGAGCUCAUACAGCACAAGGAGUGCCCAGCGGCGUGCAAGUCGGAUGCCUAUCUCUUGCUCGGUGCCACGAGAUGCGAAAUCAGUCCCCGCGGGCUCACCAUGACCUCACGAGAAAUGUGGACGAAAAGCCUCACAAUUCGCGAGGAAUCAAAACUCGAAGUUCAGUUCAUCCCGCCCAACGAAAACUACGGGUGCAGGGCUGAAAUGAGAGACCUUGAGGAGCUGCACACGCUCGCGCAGGAACCAAAUUUUUCCCGGCACGAGGCUUACUUCCAGAGCCUCAUAAUCCGCGAGCGCUGCAUGGGCUACGGCGACCAGGGACUCAUCUACUUCCUGAUUCGCCGGGGGCUUUGGUUCGUAAAUCACAACCAGUUUCAGGAAGCCGAGCGGCUGUGGUUCCGCGCCAUGGACAUGGAAGUCCGAGUGUGCGAAGUGGAGAUUGGCAACUCUAGAUUCGGUCACUCGGAGGGACUACAGAGAGACUUGGAGAAAGAUCUGUCGCAGUACGCCUGUGGCAUAUGGCACAUGGUCCACGAAGAUUACCGCCCCAACUUUGAAAAAUACGUCGAGUUUGGUUUCAAGGAGUUGGAGAUUCUGCAGUGCCUCAAGGAGAAAUCCGAGACGGCACCGUUUAUCGACACGCUGUCGAUUCUUGCAAUACUCAUCUACAUUUUUGCCUCCUGGGUUUAUUAUGAUAACCGGGACGACCACGAAGAGCGAGCGGAUGACACUUACGCCUCAGUAUCCUGCAACAGAUACGGCCGGCAAUUUGUAGAGAGACACUUGAACACGGCAAAAGGAUCGUCGCUCCUGCAUCUCUUACUCUUGAAUAUGCCCAUAUUGGAAGAAGACGAAAAACUACUCGAUAAAUACCCAGACUUGACUAAUCUAAUUAAUGCCCUCCUCCAGUGGGGUGCAGACGAAGCCAUAAAUAUGCCAGACGAGAACGGCAUUCGACCGAUCCACUUGGCAAUCGAUCUCGCAAACAAGAACGAGACGGAAGACUCGCGCGACACUCGGGAACUAGUUUCUCCUCUCAUUGCAGCUGGAGUGCACCUAGACGCUGUGAAUCGAUGCGGGGAGACGAUUCACUUCAUUUGCUCCAAUGACCUUGUCAAAGUGGUUCUCUAUUCAAACGGUCCCCUGCCGUUGUACUGUCAGACGGCGACGAGAAUUGUUGCCGAGGGGAUUCCAUACAAGGAUGUUGGUCUACCGGUUCACAUAGUGGAACACAUUGGUCUCCACGAUCGAAAGGCAAUAGUAAUACCUCCGACAUGA